AGAAGUAGAAAUGUCACGAAACUUAAAAAGACUGGAAACACCGUAAAGGAAGAAACAUCUGAUUUUACAAACAGUUCAGUUGGUGUCCCUAUAUAUCUGGGGUCCGUCAUUGGUCUGUCUGAAGAAAUCCCUUCCAGUCAUCCAUGACGAAUUGUCUAAAUUCCCUGAGGAGUUCAACACCAAGAUGCAACCGGACGAUACUGAUCACUUGGUGAACAAUCAAUCAAUCGUGCACGUUCCAGACGGAAACGACGAUCACAUCACAACCAGCGAGAACAAUAGGAAAGUCAGGGUAGCCACCACUGGUGUCGCCUUUCACACACGACUAUCAGAAUACUUUACCAACCCUGGAGACGACCAGCCGAUCAUCAUGGCAGACAUUCUCACGAACGAAGGUGCUGCAUUCGACAGAUCGACCGGCCAGUUCACCUGCCCUGUAAGCGGUGUUUAUGUCUUUUUUAUCACUGCCGUGUCCUUCCAAGAUAAGCACAUCCAAAUAGGACUUUUGAAAAACGGCCAUAACAUUGAAAGUUUAGUAAAUGGUAACUCUGGUUAUUGGGGGUCAGCUUCCAACAUGGUAAUCGUCCAUGCCCAGGAAGGUGACCACAUCUGGCCUCAAGUCGACGGACAAAUUCAUGACAUGGGAACGCUUCUAGAUAGAUAUUAUACCACCUUUUCCGGGUUUCUUCUUUACAAAAGUUAAGUUAAUUAUUAGAACAUUGACAUUCGUAUUUCUCUGAUUCAAUAAAUUACCUGGAGGGCCCACUUACGACUCUGGCCAAACUAUUGCGCCGUGAAAUGAACCACUGUCUAAGUUUCAGCUUCGUAUAAUACAGUUAAUAUGGUAUAUUAAAUUAAUAAGUCAGUGUA